AUGGAAGAAAAGUUAAAUGAAAUGGAACAAGCUGGUAUCAUCACAAGGACAUCAACGCCUUACAGUAGUCCAUUGACAUUCACUCUUAAAAAAGACGGCUCAAUUAGAGUUCUGCUUGAUGCCAGAAGCAUAAAUAAGAAAAUGGUUGCAGAAACAGAGAAACCACCUAUACAAUUAGAUGUUUUGAAUUCAUUUCACGGAGCGAAUUAUAUCACUACCAUUGACUUAAAUAAUACAUAUUUUCAAAUUCCGAUAAAUAAAGAUGGUAGAAAACAUACUGGAUUCACAUUCAAUGGAAAGUCAUAUGUAUAUAAUGUUUUGCCGCAAGGAUUAAAAACAUCAGUAGGAAGCUUUAGCAGAGCCAUGAAUUUAAUAUUAGGACCAGAAGUCCAAGAAUUUUGUGUGAACUAUUUAGAUGAUCUAGCCAUUAUUACAACAGGAACGUUAGAUAAACAUUUGGAGCACAUUGAUAUUGUUUUAAGUAAAUUGAACAAAGCUGGCUUAACGUGUAACUUGCAGAAAUGUGAAUUUAUUUGUAAAGAAAUUAAAAUGCUGGGUUUUAUAAUUUCAACAGAAGGCAUAAAGACAGAUCCCGAUAAGAUUUGA